AUGACGAUAUUUAUCGUUUCUCUAGCACUCUUCGCUGACCGAGCCAGCUUUCUGCCGCACACGAUCGACUUUGCGCUGCCGGAAGGCUACCAGCGCAAGGCCUCCCAUCACCACCGCCGCAAGAGCUCUGGCCAGAGGGCUACUCUCUUUGGACGCUUGCCAGGCAGCCAGACGGCCACUCCUACAUCGGCGUCAGCGUCGACGUCAGCAUCAACAUCGACGGCGACGACAGCGACAACAUCUGCUGCUGCAUCUAACCAUGCGUCCGGAUCGACCGUAGCAGGCCGUCGACCGUCUAGCUUAAGGGAUCAAGGACGUAUAUUCUCGUGCCCGGACUACUCCAGCUCCGGUAUAGAGGUUACCUCUCAGCAACCACGGCUUCUGGCACCUAGCGACCCACACUCACCUCGCUGGGGCUCUCCGGGGGCUUUUAAUCAGCCCAAAGCCCAGGCUCUUGCGCCUCCGUCAUCCUCCAUUCUCAACCAUGCACUCGGCCAGGAGUCUGCUUCAGAGCUGUCAAGGACUGAGCCUACGGUUCUGCCUCCUUCACCGGUACGCCCGUCUAUAGAGCCUGGGUCCCAACCAAAUCAGGAGAGUGUAUUUGAGAGCGCAGAAUGGACGGUUCAGCCUUCAGAGCAAGGAAACGGUGGUUUGUUAAACGCAAUACGCUCAGCUGUUGAUUGGCCAUAUAUGAAGGAUAAGCUAUGGGUUGGUACACUGGGGAUGCCCACGGAUGCAUUGCAUGAAAAGCAAAAGGAGGCUAUAGCUGAAAAGCUGGCUGCCGACUACGAAGCGUUGACCAUAUUUGUCUCGGAUAACGACUUUGACAGCCAUUACCUACACUUUUGCAAGAUGAUCCUUUGGCCAGUGUUCCACUACCAAAUACCAGAUAACCCCAAGAGCAAAGCUUACGAAGACCAUUCAUGGAUAUUCUACCGCCGUGUUAACUAUAACUUUGCAAAGGAGCUUAUCAAAAACUGGAAACGAGGAGAUGUGAUCUGGGUGCAUGAUUACCAUCUCCUCUUGGUACCUGCCAUGGUGAGGAAGGAAAUACCCGAUGCACAGAUAGGCAUUUUUCUUCAUGUUGCAUUCCCCUCCUCAGAAGUGUUCAGAUGCCUCUCCGUCCGUGUGGAGUUGCUCAAGGGGAUGCUCGGUGCAAACCUAAUUGGUUUCCAGACUCAGGAAUACUGUCACCAUUUCUUGCAGACUUGUAGUCGGUUGCUCAAUGUCGAGGCUACAAAGGACGGUGUACAGCUGGAGGAUAGAUUUGUCAACGUCGGCACGUUCCCCAUUGGAAUUGACCCUGUCUCACUUGAUAUCCGCAGACAGUGCGGAGAAGUCAAGUCCUGGAUAAACAUCCUCCAGGAAAAAUUCAAGGGCAAAAGACUUAUUGUUGCUAGGGAUAAGCUUGACAAUGUCAGGGGAGUACGUCAGAAAUUAUUGGCAUAUGAACUCUUCCUCAAUAAAUACCCUCAUUGGCGAGAUUCAGUUGUUCUCAUACAGGUAGCAUCUACUACUACGGAACAACCAGAACUAGAAGCCUCUGUUUCCGAUAUCGCGACACGAAUCAACUCCGUUCACUCCAACCUUGCCCAUCAACCGCUUAUUUUCCACAAGCAAGACCUGCUUUUUGAUCAAUAUCUUGCUCUUAUUUCUGUUGCUGAUGUUUUCAUGGUCACGAGUCUACGUGAGGGAAUGAAUCUUACCAGUCAUGAAUUUAUCCACUGUCAGGAUGGCCUACUCUCAUCGUCCAAACACGGCCCAUUGAUCCUCAGUGAAUUCACUGGCAGUGCAUCAAUAUUCAACUACCACCCCCUCCUUGUUAAUCCAUGGAACUAUCAAGAAUGUGCAGAUGCAAUAAAUACAGCUCUCGAAAUGUCUCCCGAGACUCGCCUAGCACAAUGGACUCGUCUCAAUACUACUGCAAAGGACCAUGUCACGACCCGGUGGGUAAACAAUUUCACAGAGGCUCUGGACCGUGCAUACCGCCAGCAUUCCACUCGUGAAACAGUUGCCGUCCCCAGGCUAUCGAUUCCUAAUCUCUGCAAUGCAUACCGUACAUCUUCCCGUCGCCUCCUCAUCCUAGACUAUGAAGGUACCCUGGUGAGCUGGGGACAACCGACAAGUACUGUCCUUACAACUCCUCAGCGAGCUAUCGAUACCCUGACGGACCUUCUCGAAGAUCCCUUGAACACAGUCUACGUGAUGUCCUCACGUAUGCCAGAAGACAUGGAACGCCUCUUCAGCCGCGUUCCCGGCCUUGGCCUAAUAGCUGAAAACGGAUGCUUUGUGCGGCCGCCCCCCAUGUUAUCUCCAACGCCUUCCCCUCCAACGACAGGCACAUUUGUAACCUCAAACUGGAUCCGUCUCAUUGACAUGACUAAGAUGAAUGACUGGAAGCUUUCUCUUUCCCCUAUGCUUCGUUACUUCCAAGAACGUACAGAAGGAAGCUGGAUUGAAGAAACUCACGCGUCACUGAUCUUCCACUAUGAGCGAGCAGAGGACUCGCAAAGCGCAGAACGUCAUGCGUCUGAAUGCGCAAAUAACGUCAACGACAGUUGCGGCAACCAUAGUCUAAGAGCAAUACAGAUGGACGGCUGUGUUGUUGCCGGGCCUGUGGAACCAAACAAAGGUACUGCAGCUAAUGUGGUGUUUUCGACAUAUACGAGGAGAGAGUCACGCAGAAGCUCCAGCGCUGGUAGUGCGAGUAGCGCUAAACAGGGUAUGGCUAUUGAAUGGAAGAGUGAGACAGAAGACAAUGAUGAAGAUGUGCCGGACUUUAUCCUUGUGAUUGGCGAUGGAAGAGAUGACGAACCCGCAUUCAGAUGGGCAAAUGAACUUGGCGAAGAAAAGAAGGUGAAGAACGUCAUGACAGUUACGUUAGGAUUCAAGAACACGGAAGCCAUGGCCACUUUAAAUCAAGGCGUUACCGGAAAACUGGUUGAUAUAUCGCAGCGGAGGGAUUCGGCGUCACUUGCUCAAAAGCUAUCUUAUAUCCCGGCGUCAAAUGGAGAGUGA